CUGAAUCCUGUCUGUUGUGGUUGCCAGCGGAGACGAGGAGGUGGUGAAUGAUUACCCAGAACCCCUCAUGGUGUUGGAGGGGAUGGUCACUGCAGUGCACAACCACGUCCAGAGCGGUGACUCUGUGGUCAGUUCUGAUGACCUGUUGGCGUGGUUACGACCGUUCUGCAGCGAUGGCUCUCUUGUGGUGCGACCACGUAUCGAGGUUCUGCAGAUUCUGGAGAAUAACUUCAGUCUUAGGGACAGUGACGUUCAUCUGUUGCUGCUCUACAGGACCCAAGCUGUACUGAAGGACAGGCAGGUAACACUCGUAACUAGGGCUGUCCCCGACAACAACAACAACAAAUUAUGGUCUAUCUAGAGUCGUCUGAUCUUU